AGAAGAAAAAACGGUCUUGAACCAUCUCUCCCGGGUCCCGGCAAAGAAAAAUGGCUCCGGCGAAGAAAAGUAAAGGAAAAAGCAAUGCCGCCGAUUCCACUCGAUCAUCUCCGGCGAUCACCAUAAACUCAACCAAGUUCCCGACCUGUAUGCGAUUAAUUCCUCCUUCUUCUGUCGCUAUCAAUAUCCACGCCAAGCCUGGUUCCAAACUCGCUACCUUGACAGAUUUUAAUGACGACGCACUAGGAGUGCAGAUUGACGCGCCUGCAAAAGAUGGAGAAGCUAAUGCCGCCUUGUUGGAUUUUAUAAGCUCCGUUCUUGGUGUUAAAAGAAGACAAGUGUCUAUAGGUUCUGGCUCUAAAUCGAGGGAUAAGGUUAUCAUAGUUCAAGAAGUAACUUUAGAGAGUGUUUUUAAUGCUUUGGACACGGCUUUGAAGUGCCAAUGAAUGGAGGUUGGAGCUUUUCAUAUGUUAGGAAGUUGUACAUUGCACUAAUGUAAUGGUUAUCUUUUUAUUUUCUUUAUAAUUUUCUUUGUUUAGUUAGAGUUUUACUUUAUCCUCAUAGUACUUCUAAGGUACAACUUCUUUUGUUUGUAUGAAUAGAUUCUUGGAGGAAUGUCUUAUGAUAUACUGAGAAAUAAGCCAGUCUAUAUAUAGUUCCAUAAUAUGCAAAUUUGUGAUGCUAUUAUUGAUUGGAAGUUUGG